AGUACGAUCCCUUUGAACGAGAAACAACUCAAAUAUUCAUAUAAAAUUGAGUACAGUUUUUUAUAGAAAUUUUUUUUUUUUUGUAUAAGUCUGAGUAACAAAUUUGUUUGUAAAAAUUUUUCUCGAUCAAGAAUUUACCCAAUAAUCAGUAGCAAAAUGAGCAAUCUGAAACAAAUGGAUAGCAAGCCGGACGUGGCAGUUUCAAAAUCAGUAAAAAACUCUAGAAAACCAAUUGAAUAUGAUUAUUCCGACGCCUCCAUCGACAUUGAAGAAGAUAUCAACAAGGCAGGGGGUGAUUACGCCUCAUCGUCAGGCUUUGUUAACUUUUUUAGGGACUUUAAGAAGCGCUAUGGAGAAUAUUACUCGAUUAACCAGAUAAGACGGGCAGCUGAAGCCCGAUGGAACGAAAUGUCAUUCCGUCAUCGAUGCCAGUACUCUGCGGAACCAAUGGACACUUUUCAUCUGGAACCCGAUUUGGUAGAGCCGAACAGUGUGAGCAGUUUUCAUCGCUCUAGUGAUGACGAGCACAGAAUGCACGCUGAAAUAAGUGGCUGCGCAGACACUUUCUUCGGUGCCGGUGGCUCCAAUAGCUGCACUAUGAGAAAGGAGAGCAAGUGUUCCAAGCCCAGGAUGCGAAAGAGUUGCCCCAAACCGCGGGCAUCGAAGCAACGUCGCGGUUGCGCCAAACCGAAGCCCAAGUGCGCCCGACCCCGGAAGGCAUGUGCCCGCCCCAAGAGGUCGUGCGCCAAGCCGAAGGCAAAGCCAAGGUGUCUUAAGCCCAAGAGGACCAAGCCCAAGUGCUCGAUGUAAUCCCACACCCUUACCCCCACUACUUUUCGGCCAUUUUUAUUGAUCAGGAACCAGUCAAAAUUUCCCAACUGAUGUGAUUGGGCGUUGCUAGAAUCUAUGAACUUGAGGAACCUCCAGGGAACCAGGAAAUUGAGAAAUCGGGAAAGAAUGCUAACUGAAUUGGCGGUAAAGGGAGCUCAAACAGAUCUGAUAAACCAAGUACCUAAGACGGGAAGGCCCAAGCAUUGAUCCUCAAGGCAACGAUAAGCGAUUGUACUAUUUAGAAAUAAAGGUUUUAUGUGUCUGAUCAAA